CCCGACGGUAGCGAACCGACGCCUCAGGAUUCAUUUUAUUUAUUUAUUAUUAUUAUUUUUUAAAGGAGAAAUGAAGGAGAAAAACUUCAUGGCAUUUUGGUUUCUCAGCUCUCGAUCUCAUCUAGUUGCUUAUACAACCUGAAUCCGGCUGGUUCUUUUCGACGCCUUCAAACCUUAGCUCCGGCGACUCAGACGUGAACGCCUCCAACAGCUUUAUCGUCUGGCCAUGCGACUCUGGUUCUCUGCGAUCUCCCUCUCGAGAGAGGACUCUUUUGGUUUGACUCAAGUUUCUGCUCGUUUUCAGAUCUCUUCUUCUGGUUUUAGAAAUGCGCAACGAUUCUCAUGGCCCUAGUUCCCGGGGUCUCCUCUGCAAUGCCGGUGCCGGCGCUGCUGCCGGUGUUAUUGCUGCAACAUUUGUGUGUCCUUUAGACGUUAUAAAGACUAGAUUGCAAGUACAUGGGCUGCCAAAGCUUAAUAAUGGAAGUGUAAAAGGUAGCCUUAUAGUGGGUAGUUUGGAACAAAUAUUUCACAAAGAAGGUCUGCGAGGGAUGUAUCGUGGGCUAGCUCCCACUGUGCUGGCAUUACUUCCUAACUGGGCUGUUUAUUUUACAAUGUAUGAGCAGCUGAAAAGCUUUCUUUGUUCCAAUGAUGAGAAUCAUCAUCUGUCAGUAGGUGCUAACAUGAUGGCUGCUGCUGGUGCUGGAGCUGCAACAACAAUUGCCACAAAUCCUCUUUGGGUUGUGAAGACAAGACUUCAAACUCAAGGAAUGAGAGCAGGAGUGGUGCCCUAUGGGAGAGCAGGAGUGGUGCCCUAUGGAAGCACACUAUCUGCUUUGAGGAGAAUAGCUCAUGAGGAGGGGAUCCGAGGCCUAUACAGUGGUCUUGUGCCUGCAUUAGCUGGUAUCAGUCAUGUUGCCAUUCAGUUUCCAACAUAUGAGAAGAUCAAAUUGUAUUUAGCUGAUAAAGAUAAUACUACAAUGGAUAAACUCAGUGCACGUGAUGUUGCAGUUGCCUCAUCAGUUUCCAAAAUCUUUGCAUCCACAUUAACCUACCCACAUGAGGUGGUGCGCUCAAGACUACAAGAACAGGGCCACCACUCGGAGAAGCGCUAUGCUGGUGUAGUUGAUUGCAUCAGUAAAGUAUUUCAGCAAGAAGGCAUUACUGGUUUCUAUCGUGGGUGUGCAACCAACCUAUUUAGGACCACACCAGCUGCUGUGAUCACAUUCACCAGUUUUGAGAUGAUUCAUCGAUUUCUUCUCACUCUUCACGAUCAACAGCCUCACACAUUGUGAGAAUAGUUUUGAAAGAGAAUAUAGCACUCACACUCUUGCAUCUGGAACUAAAAAACAGCCAGCCUUAGAUUCCUGGGUAGAGAUACAGUUUCAAAACUGUUUGUAUUUUAUUUGUUCUGGUAGGUUUUAGUGGCAUUCAUCAAACUAUGUACGAUCAAUAGGUGUGAUGAUGUUUUAUACUGCCGAUGAUAAUGACAAAAAUGGUGCACUAAAUUCGAAUGAUUACA